AAAGCAUUUUAUUAAAUAUAUAAAAAAAAAAAUUGUAAAAAGACCAAAAAGGACACACUAAAUAAGUGACGUCGUUUUGUUUUGCUAGACACCCAUUUUCAUUAAAACUGUAAAUCGUUCCAUUUUCCAUUCAUUUGCAUCAUCACUGCCUCGCGUUCUUGAGAGAGCGACCACAAGCCUAGCCUGUUGCAAUCAAAACCUCACGUUCUUGAUACCAGAAACCCUAUAUCCAUAUUCUCAUCAUCACAAGGAGGGGUCACGUUCUAUAGAGAGAAACCAGAACCCUAGCCUUAGGUUGCGAUCGCGAUCACGAUUUUCCAUUGCAAACCAAAAACCCUAGCUUUAAGUUCCCUUAACCCUAAACGUAUAAAUCGUAUAAAGAUCGAAGGUUGGUUCGUGUCUUUCUGCAAAACCUGAAUGUAAGUUCUUGGUUACCCUUAUUUAUCUUUCUAUUUUUUUUUUAUGUCCAUGUGAUUUUUCUUUCAGUAAGGAUUUUAAUUUCCUUCUCUGUUAGGGUUUCUUUUCUUAUUUGUUAGGGAUUUUAAUUUCCUUCUCUGUUAGGGUUUCUUUUCUUAUUUGUUAGGGUUUUAUUUCCUUCUCUGUUAAGGGUUUUUCCUUUCUUUAUUAGGUUUUUUUUCCCCUUUGUAUUAGAGUUUAAAUGGGUAUUUUUUUUCGCUCUCUGUUAAAUCACUGCACUGCAUUUCCUUUAUUAAGGUUUUUUUUUUUUUUUUUUUUUUUUUUUUUUUUUUUUUUUUUUUUCUUCUGUAUUAGGGUAAUUUUCCUUCUUUGUUAAGGUUUUUUUUUUCCUUCUUUUUUUUUAUUUUUUUAUAUUAGAGUUUUAAUAUAUGUAAUUUAAUGAUGGGUAUUUUUUUCUCUCUAUUAAAUCACCGCACUACAUUUCCUUCUCUAUUAAGGUUUUUUCCUUCUCUAUUAGGGUUUUUUUCCUUCUCUGUUAGGGUAAUUUUCUUUCUUUGUUAAGGUUUUUUUUUCCUUCUUUGUUAAGGUUUUUUUUUUUCCUUCUUUGUGAUAUAUGUUAGGAUUUCUAUAUAUCUAUUUCUCUCUCUCCAAGAUGUCUAUAAAGUUAAGCUUUUAUGUUUUUAUUUUGUAAUUGACAUGCUACAACUCUGUUUUUUUUUUUUUUUUUUUUUGCUUUUGACUUUGUGACAAAUGAUUGAUUUUGUGAUCCAUAUUACAGUGGUUUGUCCAAAAGGCUAAAUUUGUAUUCAUUUGAUACAGUAGUUUUUUUUUUUUCCUUGUUUGUUAGGGUUUUUGUUUCAAAUUUUUUUCUGAUUGCUUUUGUGGUCCCUAGCAUAACAUAUUGAUUGUUUUUGUGGUCCCUAGCAUAACAAUUUUUUUUUAAUAUAUAUUUUUACUAUAAGUUGUCAAAUUGGCUAUUUCUAUAAGUGUUUUUUUUUUUCCUUCUUUGUUGUUUGUUGGCUUCAGGGAACCUUGAAUAAGAUAAAUUAAAUAUAAUGAACUUGAUAAUAUUUGUAAAUGAGCCAAAAGAAUGGUAUAUCCUGUUUCUUUUCACAGCUAAUGCAAGAGUUGAAUUUACAUGACACACACACACACACGACUACAAAAGGAUUGAUAAUAUUUGUAAAUUUUUUUCUGAUUGCUUUUGUGGUCCCUAGCAUAACAUAUUGAUUGUUUUUGUGGUCCCUAGCAUAACAGAUUAUUUAUAUAUAUAUAUUUUCACUAUAAGUUGUCAAAUUGGCUAUUUCUAUCUUCAUUCAAUACAUUUUUGCCAUUUUAUAUGUUUUUGUUGUCUGUUUAUGUGGUUAAAAGUUGGUGGUUCUCAUAAUAGUGGACCACAUAGCCUAAAAAGUUAAGUUUUUUUUUUUUUUUUUUUUUUAAUUCUUGUCUUUGAAUAAUUAUUCCAAACACAUUGCAAUUUUAUUAUUUAUUGCUGCACAUUAUUCUUUAUUUUACAUGUAUACUGACUUUUAUAUUGCAUAUCUAUAAUAACUUUAUUAUUUUUUUAUUUUCACAUUCUUCUUUAUUGUACAGGUAUACUAACCAUGUUUUUUAGUGUACGUGCCAUGCAUAUUGUAUGACGGAUCUAUAGAUCCCGCUCUGAUAUGUAUGGAUAGUUUCAGACUUUUACUCAUUGUUAAUGCUAUUGUGUACUUUGUAACUAUUUAAAAGAUGGAGAUAAGUCAUUUAAUUUAUUUUUUUAUUUUCACAUUAUUCUUUAUUGUAUAUGUAUACUAACCAUGUUUUUUAGUGUCUAUGCCAUGCAUAUUGUAUGAUGGAUCUAUAGAUCCCGCUCUGAUAUGCAUGAGUAGUUUCAGACUUUUACUCAUUGUUAAUGUUAUUGUGUACUUUGUAACUAUUUAAAAGAUGGAGACAAGUCAUUUAAUUUAUUUUUUAUUUUCACAUUAUUCUUUAUUGUACAUGUAUACUAACCAUGUUUUUUAGUGUCCAUGCCAUGCAUAUUGUAUGACGGAUCUAUAGAUCCCGCUCUGAUAUGCAUAGAUAGUUUCAGACUUUUACUCAUUGUUAAUGCUAUUGUGUACUUUGUAACUAUUUAAAAGAUGGAGACAAGUCAUUUAAUUUAUUUUUUUAUUUUCACAUUAUUCUUUAUUGUACAUGUAUACUAACCAUGUUUUUUAGUGUCCAUGCCAUGCAUAUUGUAUGACGGAUCUAUAGAUCUCGCUCUGAUAUGCAUGGAUAGUUUCAGACUUUUACUCAUUGUUAAUGCUAAUGUGUACUUUGUAACUAUUUAAAAGAUGGAGACAAGUCAUUUAAUUUAUUUUUUUAUUUUCACAUUAUUCUUUAUUAUACAUGUAUACUAACCAUGUUUUUUAGUGUCCAUGCCAUGCAUAUUGUAUGACGGAUCUAUAGAUCCCGCUCUGAUAUGCAUGGAUAGUUUCAGAGUUUUAGUCAUUGUUAAUGCUGUUGUGUACUUUGUAACUAUUUAGAAAAUGGAGACAAGUCAUUUAAUUUAUCUGCAUCAUUCGGGCAAUUUCGACAAGCGUAACAAGUAUGUUGGAGGUGAGUUGGAGCUGUUUGAUAAUGUGGACAGUGAUACAAUAUCAUACAUUGAACUUCAAGGCAUCCUCAAAAGCCUUCAUUUGAAUGCACACAGCAAGAUUUUCUACAAGGAUCCCAUCCAUGGGCAUUUAUUACAAGUUUUUAAUGACCUAAGUGUGAUGGCUAUGUUUGAGACAUGCGAAAAUAUUCCACAGAUCCACAUUUAUGUCAGCAAGCCAAAUGAAGAGGAUAAUAAAGCUGUUAGAUCAGUGGAAGAAGAAGUUGACACUGAUAAUGACAGUGGUUUCAGUGUUGAAAAUCAGAAUACUGGCAGUGGCUGAAAAUCAAAAUGCUGAGAAUGAGAAUGUUGAGAAUGAUGAGUUUGGUAAUAUUGAAAUAGAUGAUGAGGAAUUGGAUGAUGUGUCCCUAUAUUCACCAAGUGAUGAGUUAUGGAGUAUUCACAGUGAAUCUGAUGAUGAAGAGAUUAAUAGUGCACCUAAACAACCAAAAACCAGAAUUGCAAGGGAUGAGAGGAACAAAGAAUUGGUUAUAGGCAUGAAGCUUGUGAAUGCUAAAGAAUUUAAAGCUUUCUUGAGAGAGCAUGCUAUUGCUAACAGGUAUGAUAUAAGGUUUAAGAAGAAUGAAAGAACAAGGGUCACUGCUACAUAUGUGAAUGGAUGUGGAUGGAGGAUACAUGCUUCUUUCAGAGGAAAUGGCAGCUUUAAGCUAAGUACAAUUAAACCUCAUAAUCCUGAUUGCCCUGAAGUUGAGAUAAAUAAGCAAGCAACUUCUACCUACAUUGCAAAGAAGUAUGUGCACAAAUUUAGGAAGCUACCUGAAUGGAAAAAUGAUGGUAUCGAACACUAUGUUGCUGAUAACUUGGAGAUUGAAGUGUCUAGGUUUAAAGUGAUGAGGGCAAAGAGGAAGGCCUUGCAGAUUAUUGAAGGUCACCAUGAGGACCAGUUUUCCAAAAUUAGAGUAUAUUUUGCCCUUAUAAUGAAGACAAAUCCUGGUAGUGUUUGUAAAGUAAAGGCAAAGUUGGAGCCUGAUGGGAUGUCAACAAGAUUUGAAAGAGUCUUUUUCUCUUUAAAUACAAUGUGGAGGGGGUUUAAGGAGGGUUGUAGGCCUUUUAUUGGACUGGAUGGGUGUUUCUUGAAGACUCCUUAUAAUCAGAUUCUGCUUAGUGCUGUUGGUAGAGAUGGAGACAGCAGUUUUUAUCCCAUUGCACUUGCUGUUGUUGAAGCAGAGACUAAAGACAGCUGGGAUUGGUUCAUAGAGGAGUUGAUGGCUGUUAUUAGUCCCCACAAAGCAAUAACUUGGAUUUUAGACAGACAGAAGGGCUUGGUGGACACAUUUGCAUCUUUGGAUGGUGGUCAAGAUCAUAGGUUUUAUGUUAGGCACUUGCAUGAGAACUUUAAGAAGAAAUAUCCAGGCAUGGAGUUGAAGCAAAUGGUGUGGAAUGCUGCAAAUGCAUUCAAUAAACCUGAGUUUAAGAAACAUAUGCAGAAUAUAAGGGAACUCAAUGGUGAGGCAUAUGACUGGUUGUGCAGAAUCCCAUUUAGAUUUUGGACCACGUCUAAGUUCACAGAUUCUUCCCAAGUGUUGUCUUAACAGUA